CUUGAUGGCUCCUCUUGGCCUUAUACCCACCAAAGCUCAUUCCCCUUCUCCAUCGGCACAUGUCGUUACCCACCUCAUUCUCCUCUUACUUUGUGUGAGCUUUGUGGCGGGGCAAAACAGCUGCAGUUGGUACGGCCGUGCCGGCUCCCUGCCGGUCAUUCGCGUCGACCCGUCGGGCCAUUCCGGGAACUUCACCACGGUGCAGUCCGCCAUCGACUCGGUCCCCGAGAACAACCAGCACUGGGUCUGCAUUUACGUCAAGGAGGGUAUUUACAGAGAGAAGGUGCAGAUUCCUCUUAGCAAGCCCUUCAUCAUCCUCAAAGGACGAGGGAAGAGGAAGACCGAGAUCGUUUGGAACGAUCACGAGACCAUCGCUCAGAGCCCCACCUUCACUUCUUUAGCAGAUAACAUUAUUGUCAAGAGCAUGAGUUUUAGGAACUCGUACAACAACCCGCUCAACCAGAACCCGAGGACCCCGGCGGUGGCGGCGAUGAUCUCCGGCGACAAGUCCUACUUCUACCGGGUCGGGUUUUGGGGGCUGCAGGACACAUUGUGGGACGUGCAAGGCAGGCAUUACUUCGAGCGUUGCUCGAUUCAAGGGGCGGUCGAUUUCAUCUUUGGGAGUGGCCAGUCCAUUUACGAGGGUUGCGCCAUACAAGUGCUCGGGAACGCCCUGGAGCCGGGGCUGCCAGGCUACAUCACAGCGCAGGGGAGGGAGAGCCACCACGAGACGAACGGGUUUGUGUUCAAGCACUGCAACGUGUUUGGCUUCGGUUCGACCUUGUUAGGACGGCCAUGGCGGCGUUACGCGCGGGUCCUGUUCUACUACUCUAACUUCACCACCGUCGUUGAACCCCGGGGAUGGGAUGCCUGGGGUUAUGUCGGCGAUGAGGGUGAGCUAAGGUUUGCUGAAUAUGGCUGCUACGGACCUGGAGCCGACGUGUCUAAACGAGUGAGCUGGGUGAACAAGCUCGAUACGUCAUCGGUGGAGAAACUGACGAGCUUAAGCUUCAUUGAUUCCGAUGGGUGGCUUGCAAACGCUCCAUUUUAGAAGAAAGGUUGAGAAAUGACCAAAAAAGAAGAAAAAAACUAGCCAAUGCUAUUGUUUAUGUUUCAAUUUAGUCCAUCCAUCCACCUUAUGCACAUUGUUGUUAUCAUCUCUUUCUUCUUCUUUGGCCCCCAUUUUUCAGGUUUUUUCCUAGGCAGAGUUUUAUUUUCAAUUGGUGGUGCUGAAA